AUAUGGCGGCUUGGUUUUAACAGCUUCAGCUUUCUGUUUCUCUCAGCGCAGUCUUUAUCUCCAUAUCUUAAAAGAAAAUGUCUUUUUUUUUCUUAAGUUUAAUUUUUUAAUGUUAUAACUUAUACUACCGUUUGAAAUGAUUUAUGAGUGGGAGGGAGCUUAAUCUUUCUUGUGUGUUUGUUUACUGUAAUCUUUUUUGUUUUUCUUUUUAAGUGCUUCAGAUGCUGUCUGUCCUCUUCUCUUUUCUCUCACUCACUCGCUCACUCUUUUCCCCCCUAUUUGAGUGGUUUUGUAUCAGUGAAGUUUUAAUCUUGACAGAACUAAGUUAAUCACUCCACAAAGUAAGGAGAGGGUACAAUUAUCUUAAUCUAUGGAUUGCCUCAGUUGGGAGACAAUUGGAAGAGUCUUCAUUGGUUUUAUGGUGAUCUUAUCUUCGUCGUAUUCGUACGCAUAUACUGACCCUCGAGAUGUUUUUGCUGUGAAUAGCCUAUAUGCGUCACUUGGUUACCCUUCACUUCCCGGAUGGGUUCCAAAUGGAGGAGACCCAUGUUCAGAAUCGUGGCAAGGAAUUGAAUGUGUCAAUGCAAAUAUUACUGGACUAAUCCUUAAUGGUGCGAAUUUGGGAGGAGUGUUGGGCGAUAACUUAGGCUUCUUCUCGUCAAUAAUGAUAAUAAACCUGAGCAAUAAUCGAAUUGGUGGGAGUAUUCCUUCCAGUCUUCCCCUUACUACAAGGAACCUAUUUCUUUCAGCUAACCAGUUUGUGGGAAGCAUCCCAAGUUCUUUGUCCACUCUAGGCCAAUUAACAGAUGUGUCACUUAACAACAAUCUCUUAACUGGAGAAAUACCUGAUGCCUUCCAGACUCUUCCUAGUUUGAUAAAUAUGGAUUUAUCAGAUAACAACUUGAGCGGGCAGUUACCUCCCUCUAUGGGAAGUUUGACUGCAAUGGCCUCCUUGCACAUGCAGAACAAUCAGCUCACCGGGGUUCUCAAUGUCUUGCAAGACCUUCCGGCUUUGAAAGACUUGAACAUAGAGAAUAACUUGUUUUCUGGACCUAUACCUGAGAGGUUACUGACAAUCCCAAAUUUCAAAAAGGAUGGAAAUCCAUUCAACACUACUGUUAUGGAUCUCCCCCCUCCGCCAGCUGCAUCUGCUUCGGAUCUUCCCCCUCCACCAGCUCCUUCUGGGGCACCAGCUUCUAGAAAAGCACCACCAGCUCCAAUUGUAUCAGCAAAAGGGCCAUCUUCACCUGCCAGAUCAGGUUCACAGGAGGAUAAAGGUUUUUGGACAACCAAAAAGGUUGUUUUGGUAGGCGUGGCGGUAUUAUUUGUAACAAUUGCAUUAGGACUUGUAGUUUUUAUGUUAUGCUGUAACAAAAAAAGACACAAGUCUGAUGGCAUUUCCAAGAUGCCUGGUGGAUAUUAUAAAGGUAUCAAAGAGAAGCCUGUGAUCAGAGAAAAUUUGGUUGAGCAAAAGAAUGUAACAGAUACAGUUAACAAAGAGGCAGCUGAACAUUCAAAGAAUGAACACAGGAUAAAUAUUAGAACGGUUGGGAUGUCAAAGCAAAAAGAUGAUGUGGAGACGGAUAGUGAGAGAAUGGGCGUGAUCUCAAUGAAUAAGGAAGAGCAUGAGAUGGAUAUAUUGGGAAUGGAGAAAGUCAUUGUAAAGCCGAAUGUCCUCACUGAAGCUACCCGCGUGUCCCCUGUUGCAAAAGCUCUGAAUCUCCCUCCAUCUGUGAGAUCUUUCACCAUUGCAUCUCUUCAGCAGUAUACAAACAGCUUUUCUCAAGAAAAUUUUAUUGGACAAGGCAUGCUGGGAAGUGUUUAUAAAGCAGAGCUCCCUGAUGGGAAGGUAUUAGCGGUCAAGAAAUUCAACAGUCAGGCUCUCAUACAUUAUAAAGAUGAUCAGUUCUUUCAGCUGGUGUCAAGUGUUAAUAAACUGCGACAUGCUAAUGUUGUUGAGCUAGUUGGUUAUUGCGCCGAGCAUGGACAGAGAUUGCUCAUCUCUGAUUAUUGUAGUAAUGGAACAUUAUAUGAUGCACUCCACUCUGACAAUGAAAAUAAUAAGAGACUUUCAUGGAAUGCACGAGUCAGAAUAUCCCUUGGAGCUGCAAGAGCACUAGAGUAUCUGCACGAAGUUUGUCAACCACCAGUUGUCCACCGCAAUUUCAAAUCCGCAAAUAUACUACUUGAUGAUGAAAUCAGUGUACAUGUUGCUGAUUGCGGUUUAGCUUCUUUAUUAUCAUCUGAUUCAGCAAGUCAGUUACCAGAACAACUCUCAGCUAAAGGUUAUAAUGCUCCUGAAUUUGAAUGGGGAACUUAUACCUAUCAGAGCGACGUUUUCAGCUUCGGAGUUGUAAUGCUAGAACUCCUCACAGGGCGGAAAGCCUAUGACAGGUUACAACCUCGAGGGGAGCAAUUUUUGGUGAGAUGGGCAAUACCUCAACUUCAUGACUUCGAUGCAUUGUCUAAGAUGGUAGAUCCUUCUUUAACUGGAGCUUAUCCUGCCAAGUCUUUGUCACGUUAUGCGGACAUUAUUUCGCUGUGUGUUCAGGCAGAGCCAGAAUUCCGUCCGCCUAUGUCUGAGAUAGUCCAAAAUUUUGUACAUUUAAUACAGCGAGAAACCUUGAACAAGAAGUCGUACGAGGACUAACUCUACAUUACUGCUUCGUCAGCUCGAAAAUGGCAAACUGAAGUUUUAAUCUGUCAGCGCUAAAAGAGGGAGGUCACUCACUCUGAUAGGUGUCCCAUGUCCAUAGCGGAUGACUCCGCAAGCUAAACCAUAUUGUUGUUCAACGGAGGCUGCAAGAUAAUUUAUGAGAUCAUUCAAGAACCCAAGUUAGACCUGUGAGAUUUGUCAUUUCCUGCAAGAUUUUUCGUGUGGUGUACCCCAUUCUGCUCAAACGAGGCGGUAAGGAUGGUUAUUUUGUUUCAGAACACAAUGUAUUACAAGUAAUUGUAAUUGAUAUUGAUAUUGAUUAAUGGAAAAUUCUUUUUAGGUGCAAUUAUGCCAA